AAAAAAAUUAGGAGAAGAAAAAGAUUUUUUUUCUAGGAAAUAUAAAAAACGUUCAUCAAUCUACGAAGUAUAGUCCAACAGAACAAUUAGGUCCAAAAAUUCCUUCAAAUAUCUUAAUCAAAUCGUACUACAAAUUUCAUCUGUCAUCAAUGUCAUCAUAUUUUUUGUUUCUCUUAAUAUUACAGAUUAUAUCGAUGGAUUUAAGUCGGGAAGAAGAUCUGAUGAAAAGUAUAAUGGAAGUAAGUGAAAAGUUAGUAAUGCUGAAUCCCGACAAUGCGUGUUUGGAUUAUAUCAAAGCUUUUUGUUGUACGGUCCAAAUUUGUUUCUUCAUAUCAGCUGGCUUGUUAAAAAGCACAAAAACAUGUUUGCGACAAUUGCAAACAUUGGUGCAAACAAUGAAAUUAACCUAUGAUGAAACAGUUCCGGUAGUAUGGCCAGCUUUUGAUUGGAUGGGUAAAGAAACGCUAAUUGCGCUUACAUACGUUCUUACUGUGAUACAAAGUUUACAAACAUGCCAAAUUGAAAGGGCACAUAAAUAUCAUUCGAUUGCUAUGCGGCACAUUACUGACAUGCGACGUUUAAUGACUAAAUCAAAUUGGCCAGUGAUAAGGCGUGGAGCGUUGGAUUCAUUGGCUGCAUUUGAAAUCAUACUAUUGGAAAAUAUUUCCGCCGCACAAUUGAUGCUAGCGCGACCGUUGGAGACUAUAAGUGUUCUAGGUGCUAUGAUGGAACGAAUGAGGCAAAGUACCGAUUUAUUUAGUCAUUUUGAAGCUCAGUUGCAUACACUACUGGGUAUGUAUUGCUGGUUUGUGCAUUUACCAGAUGAUGCAGAGCGACAAUUUCAGGCUGCUUUAAGAACGGCGAAAGACACAGAAUCAUGGACUGUAGUAAACUUAAGCUUAGCUAUCCUGUAUUUGUUGACAUGUCGUGAAGCUGACUUUUAUGGAUUAUUCGAGCGAAUUACACCUGGGAAGUUGCAAUCCAGUUCGUCACUUCUGAAAGCGUCCGCUCAUUUCGUGCAUGCACUGCAUUCUUAUUUGCAUUCCAGGUUGCAAGAAGCUAAAAGUCAUAUAACAGAUAGCGUAACAAUCGUACGUGAUGAGGGUGUACCACGGAUACAAGCUCUUGCAACGCUUCUUUCCGCUAAACUAGUUGCUGUUGAUGUGCCUGAUAUGUUAAUUGCUGCAAAUAAUUUUGCAACGAAAAGUUCCGACCAUUCUUUAGCAUUGUGGUUAAAUCAAAUUAUAUACGAGACCCAAAUACAAUAUGGACAUGUUGAGCAAGCAAAAAGUGUUAAAAUGAAAUUUGAUCAAAUGCAAAUGCAUAUUUCACAAGCUGUGCAAGAUGCCAUUAAUUCACCUGCGCAUUCAUUAAUUCAGUGGGAAGGUGGUACAGACGCAUUCUAAUCAAGACAUUGUUGAUCACUUAUCAAACCAGCCAAAUGGAUCACAGUAAUUCAGUAGGUCUCGUAGUUCACAGCCAACUUCACAGCAGAUAUUUUGAACUUCUUUCAGUGUUGCUGGUCGCAUCAAAUUUUCUGAAAUAGGAAACAAUUCUAAAUUUUGGUUAAAAUAAAUCUCAUUCUUGACUAGUUAAAGUAUUUCAAAAGGAAAAAGUUCACUUCUGAAGAUCGAAAUUCACCUCUUUGUUUUAAAGAUAUUGU